CCAAUGAACUAAAGUAUUUUUUGCUUGUAGAAGUAUUUAUAAAAGUUUUACUAAGUAUUGUGUUAAUAAAAUUAAACGAUAGAAGUAAUAGGAUGCUGAAUUAAUAUUUUAAAGCUUAGACUUGUGUAAACUGCAUGAAAUAUUUCGUAACAAGCUUCAAUAAUCAUAAGUGCGAUUUUUAAAGUUCAUUUACUCUUUCUUUGGCAUGCAGUAGCGCAAUUGUUGGUAAAAUUAUUAGGCGGUUCCAUUUAGGAAAAAUACCGACACAUAAUACAAUACAAAAGAAGUGAAAGCAGUAUUAGCGGCUCAAAAUUAAAGCUCAAGGUCGUUUGACUAGUUUCGUAGGGUGUGAGUACGUUCGGGAAAAUAAAAUAUGUCUAUCAGUUUUGAGAAACAUCGUCGGCAAAUAGAAGCUGCCUGGAAAGAUGUUUUAGACGACAAAAGUACCACAAAUUGGUCUUUGUUUGGCUACGAGGGUCAAAGUAAUGAACUGAAAGUAGUGGGCAGUGGUGAAGGUGGUGUGGAGGAAUUAUGUGAAGAUUUAAACAGCGGCAAAAUUAUGUACGCAUUUUUACGUUUGGAGGAUCCCAAAACUAGUUUAAAAAAAUUCCUACUUAUCAAUUGGCAGGGUGAAGGCGCUCCCGUUUUACGUAAAGGUACUUGCGCCAAUCAUAUUCAUGAUGUAGCCAAAAUUCUCUCUGGAGCUCAUUUGACUAUAAAUGCUCGAAACGAAGAUGACAUUGACUUAGAGCGCUUGUUGAAGAAAUUAAGUACUACAAGCUCGGCUUACAGUUUUAAAGAGCCUCGCUUGAUGGUGGAUGAACAGAAAACCCCUGUAGGAACUAACUAUACGCGAGUAAUACCUACAAGGGAAUUGAACCCAAGUGUUAUGCAAGAUUUUUGGAAGAAGGAAGAGGAAGAAGAAAAACAUCGUUUGGCUGCAGAAAAAGAACAAAAACGUCUGCAGCAAGCCAAACUCGAGCAAGAGCAAAGGUCGCGCGAAGAGAAAGAACAUUUGGAGAGAGAAAAGAAACUACAAACAAAUAAAUUGCAAUCAGCCCAUGUGCCCAUUAAAACUUCUCCACAGCCCCUAAGCCCUGAAAAAACUGUGGCCAGUAAUUUUCAAAAUGCACUAACCGAAGCUGAGCGUAUGCGCCAGCAGCGUAGUCAAGAAGCCAGAGAAUUGAUAGGGUCCCGGGUAUUGGCCGCUAAGGCUAUGUUCACGAAACACACUAGUGAAGGGCAAUUGCAGACUAAACUUAAUACAGCACCCCCAGCUAAGCCAGUACGUAAUUCUAUAACUCAACGUAUAAAUGCCUUUAACCAGUCACAAGUAGAGCCACCUAAUGCUGCUACUUCGUCCCUCAAUUUAACCGGCAAAGCUUUUAUGCCACCACAGCCAGUAAUUCAAGAAGAGCAAAAUUCUUUAGAAACUAAUGAAAAGCAACAAGUUGAAGAAUCUAAUCAUAAUUCUCUGGAGCAGCCCGUGAAACCAGAAAUAACUGCUAUCGCUAACAAUGAGGAAGACAGCCAUAAUAUUGAUGAUUAUCCUUUAGAACCAGAUGCCGAACAAUUCUCUACUAUUAAGAGAUCUCCACAUAGUAAAUCGAAUUCCUUGCAGUCACCUGAUGAAACUUCUUCAUCUAACAAUACCGAUACUGCCUUGUAUCAAGAUGAGGAAUCCGAAGAAGAAGAAGAAGAAGUAGUACGCACAAAGGUUUCGGUUACCGUACAACAAUCCCAAUCGCAAUCACAAAUACAAACUACUGCCAAAAAUGGUUUUAUAAUGAGUUCGUUGGAUAGAAGUGAUAUACAAGACCUGGUUAAUGAGGAUGAUUUUAUAUGCCAAGAUUCUCUAGGGGAUUUAGGUUUACGAGCCCGUGCUUUGUACGACUAUCAAGCUGCUGACGAAUCUGAAAUAACCUUUGACCCCGGUGACAUUAUCACUCAUAUCGACCAAAUUGAUGAGGGUUGGUGGCAAGGCUUGGGGCCCGAUGGCACUUAUGGUCUUUUUCCAGCAAACUAUGUAGAAAUCAUAGACUAAGCCACAAUGCACCUAAAAACAUACGCAUACAAAAGAAUUGCUUAAGGAAUUUUUGCAAAGUAUAUAUAAUCUUGCACCACGAUCAGCAUUCCUGUGGUUAAGCACAUCUAAACCUCUAUUUAGAACAUACUCUUGUAGAACAAAAAAUUGUUUUUCCGCAACUUUGGUGCCAAUCAUGUUCUAUUUUUUUUUUCUUUUUUUUGCUUUCAUUUUUAAAAUUUAAUACAUUUUUUAUACCAUAUCAUCUAAUUGAACUCAAACUUUUUCACAACGAUUGCGUCCUUUUGUUUAUUGAAACUUAAUUUACAAUUUUUUAACAUUAAGUAAACAUCACCCUAGCGACUUUCAAUUU